UAGAGAGAAAGUACUGCACGCAGGGUCCUUUCAGACAAUAAAAAAACUGCUGUUUUGACUCAUGAGAAAAGAACGUAUUUGCAUUGAUGUAUGAACUUACUAAGCUGAUAUUAUUAACUAUGGCUUGUUGAUUUUAUCUUCCACAAUAUGCCACAUGCUCUUCAGGAGGACAAGACAUGGAUGUGAUUUCUGUCUCUGGGACCAUGCAAAUUGAAGCUGAUAAGGAGCUAUACUGUAUUUUUCUUACAAGUGCAUGGUGGAAGACAACACAGUACAUGGAUGGUCCGUAAAAGUGCUGAUGAAGACCUGGAAGCUCUUGUGGACUUCUAAUGAGUAAUACUGAGUCUGGCAAAACUACAGGAUCACGAGGCUGCAGUUCCCUGAGAUAACAUCAUAAAGGAUUGCUGCGGUGCUGACUGAAGAGGUUACUGUCCCUCAUAUCCAUGACUACUGCCAGCACAGGGGAUCAGUGCAAACAAAUAAUUGGAUACCCUGGAAAGCUGCUUGAUCCAAGGGCUAUACUUCCUCCUCGUAAAGAAAACACUGUGGAAGAACAAGCAGAGAGAGGGUGCAGAAAUUCAAGUGUAAGGAGCAGAAGAAUUGUGGAGGAAGGCAUGAACCUGACAGCUAUGGAUCUGCAUCCUGUUCAUGUGGCUGGGAUCUCAAAGGACACCAGACUAACCAGCUUGAACUCUCUAACAUACCUAGGCCAUGCCAUCUAUCACAAGCAGAGCCCCACCUCUUGGUGUACCAUCACACUUGUCCAAACUGGCAGUUUGCAAGAAAAUAAUCCUACCACCAAAGCAUCCUGUACUACAUUAACAUCAAUAUCAGCUGAGAAAACGUCCGCUUCACCAGUGACAACAUUGCAAUCACCAGUACCGACAACAACUGCAAGAGAAGUUAGAAAUGAAUCCAUCACAAGCAGCGCCACCCUUUCUUCAACUAAUGCUACACAACAAACAACACAAGGUACAACACCACAACCACCAGUAAAAACGUCCCCUGCAGCAGAAGAUAAAAGUAACAGCACGACAAACACUACACAAGCAUAUGAAACACAAUCAGCACAAAAUGGGAGUUUGGGUGCUUCGUCUACUAAGGGACCCUCCUUGCCUCCUACAACUGCUCUACAAAAAACAACUUUUGCUCCUGAAACCUCAAGUCUUCUUGUGAGCUCCACAGCAGACCCAGCAAGUUUUGGCAGUUCUGAAAAGAGCUCUGAAAACAAGAAACUGCCAGAGGACACCAUCCAUUAUUCUAGUGUUAUCUUGCCAAUUGUGAUCACCUUGAUAGUAAUUACCCUUUCUGUCUUCUCUCUGGUGGCUUUAUACAGAAUGUGCCAGAAGAAAACACCAGAGAGACAAGAGAAUGGAACUGAACAGGCCCAAUCAGAUAAAGAGGGCGUGAAACUUCUUUCUGUAAAGACAAGUUCUGCUGAGACUGUUUUUGUAGAAGUGCGUGAUUUAUAUGAGGUUGGCUUCUCACUGCCCUCUGCUAAUCUAUAUGAGCUCACAACUCCUACUCCAACAGGAGAGGUGUCACAAGGCAGGACCACAGGAGAGCACUCAUCUCAGGGGAAGAAUAAAACUCAGCAACGUGAUGAUUCUUCUUCACACGUCAGCAGUAAAUACAUGUGAAGCAGCCUGUUUUAUCACAGUGUGCAGGAACUUCCCAGCAAAGCUGCAGUUUUACAGGAGAUGUGGAACAGCUGAAGCUUCUAACCAGACAGGACACUUGUGUUAAUAACCAGCUCUUAACGUCCAAACCUUAAGUGCCUCCUGUCCCCUCUGGAAUGACAUGUGCUUUUUCGAUGGCUUAAUAACUGGUGUAUCUUAUAUAUUUAUUAUUUCUACAUAUAGUAAAAGCAGGAGAACUUUCAAGAAGGAUGAAGGCAAUGUAAUAAACAGGUGAAGUUUGGCUAGCAAUUAUUAAAAAUGUUUUCUACACGUACAGGAGGCAAUGUAUUAACAUACUUUCUGGAACUUUUGGUAGAUAGGGUUCUUUUGAUUGUAUGUGGCAAAACGUAAAUGGGGCCUGAUCCUUGAAACAGUACUGGGCAAAUUGCCACCACAAAAAUUAGUUCAGUGAUUUCCAUGAAACUCCUCACUGUAGCGCACACUUGGCUUGCCAUAAAUGUUUAUAGGAGGGGAUGCCUGGAUGAAAUGCUGAAGUGCGUGCUUUUUUCUGUGAAGGG